GUCAACUUGGCUGCAUCUGGUGGCAGUCACCCAGUCACCCAGUCGGCCCGUAAGAGGUCAGUUAGGGUCGGUUGUAGCUCCCCACCCGCCAGUGCUCGCAACGGUACCUGCAUAGUACCCUGCAGCUCCAGUUCAACGGUGGACACCCUUAUAUUAGCGCCAUUUGGGAGCACCACCGUUCAACCGUUCUCUGCCGUCUCCGACACCUGUUCUGGCUGGCUCUGGCUCUGGGCCCUGGCUCUGGCUCUGGUUCAGGCUCUGGCCCUCUCUGGCGCUGGCUCUGGCCUGGCCUGGGCUCCCCUUCUGGUAGUGGCAGAGCAGCCCUGGUUGUGCCGGGCCUGGGCUGCUUGGAUGCAAGUGAAUAAUCUGCCUUGCCCCCCUCACCCCAGAGACAAUCGUCCCAUCCGGGCCCAUCCAUCACCCAUCCCCCAUCCCAAUCCGUUCCCAUUCAUCAACCCUCGCCCAAGCAGUCUGCUCCCAUAGGCCUGUUCCUGGUUCUGCUCUGCCCUCUUACCCUCUAGUCCCUCUCUCUCCCCCUCCCCUUUCGUCUCCUGUCCGCUCGUCUGUCGACUUGGACCUCGUCCCCCAUAACUCCCGGCCUCGUUAUUUGCCUUCACCACGCUUACCCUUACCUUACUUACCACACCUCUCUUCCCGUCGUAGUCCAAUCUUUCCAUUGGAUCUCAAUCCUGGCGAACCUUCUUUUCUGCAUAUCGCCUGUGCCCCCCAAUAACUCCUUCGAGUCCUGACUGUCUUUCCUUCUCCUCAUCCUUUCCUUCAGGUCGUCCUGGCGUCGAAUUGAGGCCGUCAAAACAGGACUCAAACAUCCAACUGCCUUGCAUCGCAUCCGCAUCGCAUCGCACCGGCUCGACCGAUCGCCUUCUGUACGAUCCCCAUCGAACUUGACGCCCUUAUUAAAUCACACCAAUAGCCAUUAAUACUGCAUCGGAGCGAAGCGACUUCGAUCAAUCACAAUGGGUUGCGGAAUGAGCACGGAAGAGAAGGAGGGCAAGGCCCGGAACGAGGAGAUCGAGAACCAGCUGAAGCGCGACCGGAUGCAACAACGAAAUGAGAUCAAGAUGCUACUUCUGGGUGCUGGUGAAUCCGGAAAGUCGACCAUCCUGAAGCAAAUGAAGCUCAUCCACGAGGGUGGCUACUCCCGCGACGAACGAGAGUCCUUCAAGGAAAUCAUCUUCAGCAACACAGUCCAGUCCAUGCGCGUCAUUUUGGAAGCCAUGGAGUCACUGGAGCUGCCCCUGGAGGACCAAAGGAUGGAGUACCACGUCCAGACCAUCUUCAUGCAGCCCGCCCAGAUCGAGGGCGACGUCCUCCCUCCCGAGGUUGGAAACGCCAUCGAGGCGCUGUGGAAAGACCGUGGUGUCCAAGAGUGCUUCAAGCGCUCGAGAGAGUACCAGCUCAACGACUCUGCCAGAUACUACUUCGACAACAUUGCUCGUAUCGCUGCUCCCGACUACAUGCCCAACGACCAGGAUGUGCUACGGUCUCGUGUCAAGACCACGGGUAUUACCGAGACGACCUUCAUCAUCGGCGACCUCACCUACCGGAUGUUCGACGUCGGUGGACAACGGUCUGAGCGUAAGAAGUGGAUCCACUGCUUCGAGAACGUCACCACAAUCCUGUUCCUCGUCGCCAUUUCCGAGUACGACCAGCUUCUGUUCGAAGAUGAGACCGUCAACCGUAUGCAGGAGGCUCUGACCCUGUUCGACUCGAUCUGCAACUCCAGGUGGUUCAUCAAGACCUCGAUAAUCCUGUUCCUCAACAAGAUCGAUCGAUUCAAGGAGAAGCUGCCUGUCAGCCCAAUGAAGAACUACUUCCCCGACUACGAGGGCGGUGACGACUACGCAGCGGCUUGCGACUACAUCCUGAACCGAUUCGUCAGCCUCAACCAGCACGAGACCAAGCAGAUCUACACACAUUUCACAUGUGCGACAGAUACAACACAGAUCCGAUUCGUCAUGGCCGCCGUCAACGACAUCAUCAUCCAGGAGAACCUGCGUCUCUGCGGUCUGAUCUAGUCCAAAACGCUCUUAUUCGGAUACCCCUACCACGUUAUAAUCGAACGAUUUCUUCCUUACGAACGAAAACCUGGAUCGCCUCACGGAACUCCCCGCGUGUUUCCCUGAGAAGGGGGCGGUACAGGUUAUGUCUUACUCCGGUCCUUGAUAUCGCCCAUCUGGACUCUCCAAGCCACCCCGCUACGUCGAAUAUAUCGGCAUCAUGUCCUGCGAGAUCACGCGACUGCGACUGCGACUGCGACUACGACCACGUCUGCAAAAAGGUUGCAGAGCAGGGAGUGGCUGGCGCGUUGAACAGAGAUGGGGGCAAAAAGAAGGAUAUGCAUCUGAAACUACUGGGCGGUGUUCAAUAUUCUGUUUAAUUAUGAAGUCUGUCAACGUUGUGGUCUUUUUGUAUUUUUUUGUGUUUUUACCAAGUGCUUCCCGGGCGCAAGGCACCGAGGGGAGGCGCGCGAAGACGACCCCAGGCGACGGAGUGGUGGGACAUGUUUCGCGACAAGGGCCCACACCGAGGGAGACGAGCGGCAACAGAUCUCGACAGGUUUUCGGAUACGGCGGCUCGACAUCAACAAUGCCCGGAUGUUGGAUUUGUCUAUAGCAUCGAGCUCUAUUUACUGAAAGCCAAUAUUUUACAAUACCCUUUACCU